AUGGUGCAUAUUGCAUCUCAACAGAGCAGUGCAUUUGGAUCAUCCAAUGCAUCUGGUUCGGGUGUAAGAGGAGCCUCAAACACACCACACACACCAUAUCCCCCUCCACCACCGACACAGGCACAACAUGCUCCGCCACCAUCGACAUGGACAUCAUAUGCUCACAGACCACCCUCACAGCUACACAUCAUAUUUUUUCUUCAAUUCCUCUCAAAUAAGAUAUCUGAUCUUUUAUUUCGUGAUUCCAUCAGGUCUUUCAGUGGAGGGCUUCCGGUGGUGAAACCCACUUGGGUUGUAGAUUCUGUUGCAGCUAGCAAACUCUUGAGUUGGGUCCCUUACCAACUGGUCCAGCUUGCUGACAACCAGCCAAGGUUGUCAGCUUUCUUUGCUACUAAACUCUCAGUCGAGGAUUCUCGUCUUGUUAAUUAUGACAAUGAGCUUACAUCUAAUAGAGGAAGUCUACUAACGGAGGAGGAUUAUUUAUCUGAAGUUGGUGAAGAAACUGAAUACAUAAACCAAAAUGGAGGAGAGUCUGAUGAUACUGCACAUCAAAAGAUUCAAACACUAAUCGAGAAACCAACUAUUGGAAGUGAAAAGUCUUUGGAAAUGAAAAUAGCACAUACAUACAACCUUGAUGCAGAAGAUGAUAGCAGUGUGAAAGAUUCUAUUCAAGGGAGUCCUUCUCAGCCCUCUGCCUCACUCAACAAUUACUGCUUAGAGGCCUCACCAAACUCACCAGCUAUUGGGUCUUAUGGGUGUCAUUCAACUCUCACUGAUCCAAAUUUUGUGGAAAAUUAUUUCAAGAGUUCGAGGCUGCACUUUAUAGGAACCUGGAGAAACAGGUACCGUAAGCAUUUUCCUUGCCAGUCUAAAUGGAUCAAGAAUACCAAUUCAAAUCCUUCUUCGGCUGAUUUUCUCAGGACAACUAUUAUCCACAUUGACAUGGACUGUUUUUUUGUCUCAGUUGUCAUCAAGAAUGAUCAUAAUUUGAAGGAUAAGCCUGUGGUUGUAUGCCAUUCGGACAGUCCCAAAGGAACUGCUGAAAUUUCGUCGCCCAAUUAUCCUGCUGGUGUUUAUGGAGUAAGAGCUGGAAUGUUUAUUAGAGAUGCCAAGGCUCUUUGUCCUCACUUAUUGAAAGCAGCAGACUUGGCACAGAUGGGCUUCGACAGAGGUGAUGGGAUUCACUACAGUAGAAAGUUCAGCCUUUACCCUAUUGUUCACCUUCUUGCCAAUGAACAAUCACAACUUCGUGUUCUUGAAGAAGCUGAACCCGCCCUCUCUUAUGCAUUUCAGAAAUAG